GGGCGUGACGUCAGCCCCGGCUCCGUCCAAGGGCAGCCUGCAAAAGCCUCGGGAUUCAAAGCGCUCGGCGCAGCGGCGGGGCGCGGGCUGCAGCCGGGACGGGAGCGGCGGGCGGCGGGCGGCGUCUCUCCCCCUGCCCAGCCCGCGGGGCGAAACUUCCAUGCGGAGCGGCCGCCUCUUGCUGCCGCCGGGACCGGAGCGCGGCGCGGGGCGGCCGGUCUCCCCGGCGGCCGGCGGGAUGCGGAGCGCGUGGGUCGGUGCGCGGGCGGGGAGCCGGGUGCGGUCCUGAUGCGUUUGUCUGCAGGUACCGGAGCUGGGACCCGCGCGGCGCCUAAAGAUGCUGAAGGGGGUCUGGUUGCUCAGUGUGUUGACAGUGGCUGGGAUCUCGCCCACGACGGAGAGCCGCAAGCCCGCCAAAGACAUUUGCAGCCGGAGCCGCUGCCCCUGCGAGGAGAAGGAGAACGUGCUGAACAUCAACUGCGAGAACAAAGGCUUCACCACCGUCAGCCUCCUGCAGCCGCCCCCCUCCAAGAUCUACCAGCUGUUCCUCAGCGGCAACGCCCUCACCCGCCUGCACCCCAAUGAGUUUGUCAACUAUUCCAACGCCGUGACCCUGCACCUGGGCAACAACGACAUGCAGGAGAUCCGCACCGGGGCCUUCAGUGGCCUGCGGACCCUCAAGAGGCUGCACCUCAACAACAACAGGCUGGAGGUGCUACGGGAGGACACCUUCCUGGGCCUGGAGAGCCUGGAAUACCUGCAGGCCGAUUACAACUAUAUCAGCGCCAUCGAGGCCGGAGCCUUCAGCCAGCUCAACAAGCUGAAAGUCCUCAUCCUCAACGACAACCUCCUGCUGUCCCUGCCCAGCAACGUCUUCCGCUUCGUCCUGCUCACCCACCUGGACCUGAGGGGGAACAGGCUGAAGAUGUUGCCCUUCGCCGGCGUCUUGGAGCACAUUGGUGGGAUCAUGGAGAUCCAGCUGGAGGAGAACCCUUGGAAUUGCACCUGUGACCUGCUCCCCCUCAAAGCCUGGCUGGACACCAUCACCGUCUUUGUCGGGGAGAUCGUCUGUGAGACGCCCUUCCGGCUGCAUGGGAAGGACGUGACCCAGCUCACCCGGCAAGACCUCUGCCCUCGGAAAAGUUCCAGUGACUCUCACCAGAGGGAAAAGUACCCUUCCCACUCAGACACACACAUCCAGAGGCUCUCACCCACGGCCAACCCUGCCAUCAGCCCCACCAGAGCCCCAAAAGCCAGCCGGCCACCCAAAACGAGGAACCGUCCAACGCCUCGGGUCACGGUGUCAAAAGACCGGCAAAUUUUCGGACCUAUCAUGGUUUACCAGACCAAGUCCCCUGUGCCCAUCACCUGCCCCAGUGGCUGUGUCUGCACUUCGCAAAGCUCUGACAAUGGUCUAAAUGUGAACUGCCAAGAGAAAAAGAUCAGUAACAUCUCAGAUCUCCACCCCAAACCCACCAGUCCAAAGAAACUUUACCUUACAAGUAACUAUCUACAGGUUGUUUAUAAAACUGAUCUCCUUGAAUACAGUUCUCUGGAUUUGUUACAUUUAGGAAACAACAGGAUUGCAGUGAUACAGGAAGGUGCCUUUACAAACCUCACCAGUUUACGCAGACUUUAUCUCAAUGGCAAUUACCUUGAAAUCUUGUACCCUUCUAUGUUCAAUGGACUGCAGAGCUUGCAGUAUCUCUACUUAGAGUAUAAUGUCAUUAAGGAAAUCCUGCCACGCACUUUUGAUGCUCUGAGCAACCUUCAUCUAUUAUUUCUGAACAACAACUUGCUGAGGUCUUUACCUGAUAAUGUGUUUGGUGGUACUUCCCUCACGAGGCUCAAUCUGAGGAACAACCACUUCUCACACUUGCCUGUGAGAGGCAUCCUUGACCAGCUCUCGGCUUUAAUUCAGAUAGACCUCCAAGAAAAUCCUUGGGAUUGCACGUGUGACAUAAUGGGGCUCAGGAACUGGAUAGAGCAUGUCACUGAGCAGAACAAUCAACAGUCAAGUCCCCCUGUAGUUAUCAAUGAGGUCAUAUGUGAGUCUCCAGCUAAGCACUCAGGAGAACAUCUGAAAUUCCUGAGCAAAGAGGCCAUCUGUCCAGAGAACCCUAACUUGUCAGAUUCUACUCUCUUCUCUAUGAGUCAUAACACAGACACACCACAGUCCCUUAGCAUCUCGCCCAGCUCCUAUCCAGAAAUACACACAGAAGUUCCACUCUCUGUCUUAAUUUUAGGCUUGCUGGUUGUGUUUAUCUUGUCUGUCUGUUUUGGGGCAGGCUUGUUUGUCUUUGUUCUGAAACGCCGAAAGGGAGUGCCAAGCGUGCCCAACAGUGCAAACAACUUGGACAUAAGUUCAUUUCAGCUGCAGUAUGGGUCUUACAACAUGGAGAGCCACGAUAAAACUGAAGGGCAUGUUUAUAACUACAUCCCCCCUCCUGUCGGGCAGAUGUGCCAAAACCCAAUCUACAUGCAAAAGGAAGGGGAUCCAGUUGCAUACUACAGGAAUCUCCAUGAGUUUAGCUAUAGCAAUCUUGACCACAAAAAGGAAGACUCCGCCAGCCUUGCAUUUACAAUCAGUGCCGCUGAAUUGUUGGAAAAGCAGUCCUCGCCAAGGGAGCCAGAGCUGCUGUAUCAAAACAUUGCAGAGAGGGUCAAGGAACUCCCCAGUGGAGGGGUUGUUCAUUAUAACUUUUGCACCUUACCCAAAAGGCAGUUUGCUCCUUCCUAUGAAUCCAGACGCCAAAACCAGGACAGGAUAAAUAAGACUGUUUUGUAUGGAACACCCAGGAAAUAUUUUGCAGAACAGUCUAAACCCGAGCAUCCUUUGCUGCAAGGAAAGCUACAAACGGAACCAGACUACCUCGAAGUUCUGGAAAAACAAACUGCAAUUAGUCAGCUGUGAGGGUGGAUGGGGGGAGGAGGAGGCAUUUUAAAAGGGUCUUAAAGUCAAACUUGAUUGGUAUUGAGUUCUGAAUCAGUGUGACUUGUCACAUUCUCAAUAUUUCCACUUUUUAAAUUCUGAAAACAAGCAAACACAGCCCUCUUAUACUGUGCUGAGGGUGUAGUGUUGCUUUUGCAAAGGUCCCUUUAAGUUAUUUCUACAUCUUUCUUCUUUUUCCCCUCCCCUUAGGAACUGUCUCUGCAAAUGAAUGUUUCGACAAUAGAUUUUUGCAUAAUUCUCUCUUUUUUUUUUUGAGUUGGGAGGAAGGGGGACUUUUUAUUUCUCUUCAAUUUAAAGUGGAAAGGUAAUGUAUUAUGUAGAAGAUCUCCAAAGAUCUUUUUCCUGGACUAUAACUUUUUUUUGUAAAUAAUAAUAUACAAUACUGCUGUUUCAAUUACAAGUAUAGCCACUGGGCAUCACUUUCUUGUGUUAAAGUGCCUUUGCACUUUAAGUACAUUAUUACUUAAUUGUUGCUCUUAGCUUUGAUAAAUUGAACCUAUUUUAAUGUGUUGUAUUUUUGAAAUUAAAAAAAUGUAAAAUAGAUCUAUAUGUCAGCUGCAUUAAAUCAAACCAUCUUGCUUGAGUUAUAGGAAGCCAGACCUUCUUUAAGGGAAUGUAGUUCUAGGACUUUAUAGAUUGAACUGUAAAUUAUUUGGAUUUUUUCCCCCCCCUUUGGGUUUGGUUUAAGUGAUUCAUUGAAAUCAACUAAGAGGACUUAGCAAUGGAUUAGAGGUAAUCAGCUGCCUCAGAUGGGAGUAACAGUUCAUUAAUAAAAGACAUUUAACAUGACAUCAUAGUGAACUGUACAAUUAAUGUCCCUUCUCAAUUCAUUACACUGCAGCUCUAACACAGCCAAUAAUGUUCAGUGGUUUAAGAUUUUUUCAUACUAAAUAAAACAUUACUCUACUUGUAAUAUA